AUGGCUCCUGACCUGCUGCUGCCUCGCAUAUUCCUGCUGCCGACGCACUUGGAAGCGGACGAGGCGCGCGAGCUGCAGGCCAGAGUGCCCUCCCUGACGCAGGAUGCUCGCGAGGCGCGCGUCAUCGUGGGCAAGAUCUCGAGGCCGGAGCGCGCCUUGUUUGAGCUGCGGCGGCUGAAGCUCGUGACGGAACCGGUGGCUGCGGAGGAUCGGAGGAGAAGGAGUAGUGAUGCGGUGGAUGUGCCGUCGAAGCGACAGCGGCUGAUGGAGGCUGAGAGGAGGGGGAGUCGAGAGGACGAGGGAUACGAUGGGACGUUGGAUCUGUUGGGGGGGCCGGAUGAUGUUGUUUUGGUGGUGAAGCUGGCUUGGCUGCUGGAUAGCCUUGAGCGAGGCGCGGCGCUGCCCGUCCAGGACUAUCUGCUUUACCGCGGACGAAAGCUCUCAUCCCAGUCUCACGCCGCCAAACCAUCCGCCUCAGCAGUCCUCGCCCGCGCAAGGCAAGACGGCCAAAAAGAAGUCCACCGCACCACCGCCACCAGCCCCUACGCCAAGCGGACGUCAAGGCCAGGGACAAGCUCCUCGACUACUACAGCCUCGGACGGGCGAGGACGGACUUCGGCGGAGCCGCCGACGCUGUACCAUGAGACGACGUCCGAGCACGACAUCCCCCUGCCGCCGAUCCCCGAGUACCUCCACACGACGUAUUCGUGUCAACGGCCGUCUCCCGUGAACCCGCCGAAUGCUGCGUUCAUCGCGGAGCUCAAGGCGAUUCGCACGCUGCGGCUCCUGCGGGGAGAUCAGAUUGGCGUGAGGGCGUAUUCCACCUCGAUAGCUUCUCUUGCUGCGUAUCCGUAUGCUAUACAGCGGCCACAGGAGAUUGAAAGAUUACCUGGAUGCGGUGUCAAGAUUGCGAGAUUGUAUCAGCAGUGGGUAUUUACUGGCUCUACCGACGAUACCAGGGCGGCGGAGACAGAUACCGAAUUGGCCGUGCUCAAGCUGUUUUACGAGAUAUGGGGAGUGGGCGAUGUCACUGCUCGUCACUUCUACAACAAGGGAUGGCGAGAUCUUGAUGACAUUGUCGAGUAUGGAUGGAACUCGCUGAGCCGGGUCCAGCAGAUUGGCGUCAAGUACUACGACGAGUUCCAGCUGCGAAUACCACGACAAGAAACAGAAGCCAUCUCCGGCGUCAUCCUCGCCCAUGCGCGCCGCGUCGACCCAGGCUUCCAGAUGGUCGUCGUCGGCAGCUACCGGCGCGGCAAGCCGACGAGCGGCGACGUGGACGUGAUCCUGAGCCACCCGGACGAGGCGCAGACGCUCGGCAUCAUCGAGAAGCUCGUGUCCAGCCUGGAGAAGAGCGGCUUCGUCACGCACAUCCUGAGCAUCUGGACGCGCAACAGCGAGCGCGGCCAAGCCCCGCUCGCGUGGAAAGGCGACGACCGCCCCUCGGGCUCGGGCUUCGACACGCUGGACAAGGCGCUCGUCGUCUGGCAGGAUCCCGAGACCAAAGCGGACGGGGGCCCUCACCGGCGGGUGGACAUCAUCAUCAGCCCCUGGAAGACGGCCGGAUCCGUAGUUUUCAGGCGAAGGCCGAGAUAG